AGCAGCAAAACUCCAUUUUUACUGCACAAUUGGUAGUAAAAAUUAUGGGCGGAGCUUUGUUUCCGCUGAAUCAACAAUAAUUGCUGGUCCCAGUCCUUAAUGUACCUGAGUAACUGCUCAAUGGCUGCAAUGCGACAAACACUAACAGCUUCUAUAGAGUUCCAGCCAUGUUCUCUUGGAUUUUGAUUUGUGGAUAUUUGCAAACUAAAGCUUUGUUCUCCAGUUAUGGCUAAUUUGAAUGCAUGCUGUUGCAAUCUCUUCAAAAUCUUACGUAGCAUCAUCUGUUCGCACAAAGUUUCUAUUCGAGUUAGCCUUGCACUAAAGCGCUAUAUCUCUUUGUUAGCUGCAAGAGUCUGAAAAGAGCUGUAAUGCUGUACUCCUAUAGCCAUUGCGAACUUUAACCUAUUAUAGAUACAGGGGCGGACUCAGGAAUCUUGAUGGGGAAAGCUAAUUAUUAUACUAAAUCAUCUGCUUUUCAAGCCUAUAGCUAGCUACUUUGCAACAAAUCACGAUGUUUUUCCUGCAUGACUCAUCAAUAAUAAUUGUUCAUGCUCAGUUAAACCAUAAAUUGAAGAGCUAUAUAGAGGGAUUGGAAACGGCUGGUACCCUGGAGUAACAUCCACGCUACGCUGCGAUUUAAUUGAGGCUCACAACAAUACCAAUAUACUGCAAGUAACUGUGCUCAGUCCGUGCAACUCACUUAUAUUUCAAGGUAUAUACCUAUUGUAGUCGUCAUAACCAGCACGCUUACAAGUUACAGUUCCACUAGCUCCAAAACAGCCUUGGAAAUAGAUUAAUGUCAAACUAAAGGGCUGAGGAGAACCACCCAAUAAUUAUAAAACCAUAUAAACCAACAAUUUGGGCCCGGAACAAUAAGGCUCUUAAAGCCACCACACGAACAGAAGGAGUGCCCUGAUUGAGGACAGUGCCCACCCCCCAGAGCGGGUCCCUAUAAAUUAAUGAAACCCCUUAACCGAGCUGGCUGUCCCCCAGCCCGAGCUCGUGGUGUGAAACUAGGGAGGCCAACCCCAAGCAGGCGAAAGGGGGAGGGCGGAGUGAAAGAAACGGCUACUGGAGAUUGCUUCUCUAUCAAGUUGCGGAAAUGACUGAUGACAGCCAGUCAUGUAAAACUCCCCUGCACACUGCUGCAAGCCGUGGGGACUCAGAUGAGGUCAGAGAGCUGUUGAAAACAAAGCAAUAUGAAGUCAACGUCAGAAACUCACACAACCAAACAUCUCUUCAUCUUGCAUGUGCUAAUGGUCAUCUCGAUACGGUUUGGACACUAGCCAAUGACUUUGGUGCUGACAUAGGAGCUAUUGAUAAUAAUGGAAAUACACCAUUGCUCUUUGCUGCUAAGAACAAACAUGUACAAAUAAUUAUAAUGUUGCUUCUAUUAUCAAUGUGUAGUAGACACCUCUUGAAUGGAGACCGCGUGCUCUGUUCCUUUAGCCGUAGUCAGAUGGAUUCUCAUCAUGUUAAACUCUUUGAGGAUGUCCUCUUCGAGUAUUACAAUGAUUCUGAAGCAGUGGAGAAAACUAUGCGUCUGAUAAGUAAAUUCUUUGUUGAUUAUAUUCAAUUCAAGGAUUAUAAAGAUGAUGGCUUUAUUGCAUUGUUUGUAGCUGCAUCACUCGGUCUCAAAGACUUGAUUAAUCGACUAGUUACACAGAAUAAAGUAGACCUGAAUAUUAGGGGAUUCCAUGGCUUGUCUGUUCUCCACUGUGCCUGUUUUGGAGGACACAUCCUGCUCAUGGAGAAUCUUAUUUCAGAACAUCUUACAGACCUUUCUGUUAAGGAUACACUAGGGAACUCAGUUUUGCAUUACGCAACUUUAAAGGGGACUCCCUAUGCAUGCGAUGGUGGUCAUAUAGAACUGAUAGACAAAUUAGUGCUUGAACAUGGCCUCAAUCCCGCAGAUAAAAAUAAUGAUGGUAACACACCUCUACAUAUUGCAGCCAAUAAAGGACAUGUUGAAGCAGUGAGACACCUGAUUAGCAAGCACAGUGCUGAUGUUGAUUGCACUAAUAAUCAGAACAAUACUCCAUUGAUGCAAGCUAUGCUUAAUGGUUGUGUGCAUGUUUUGGAUAUGCUAAUCAAAGAAUUCAACAGCAGUUGUCAUGUCCGAGGUUACAAUGGUUAUACUCUACUUCACUGUGCAUGUGAAGGUGGUCAUAUAGAACUGAUAGACAAAUUAGUGCUUGAAUAUGGCCUCAAUCCCACAGAUAAAAAUAAUGAUGGUAACACACCUCUACAUAUUGCAGCCUCCAUUAAAGGACGUGUUGAAACAGUGAGACACCUGAUUAGCAAGCACAGUGCUGAUAUUGAUUGCACUAAUAAUCAGAACAGUACUCCAUUGAUGAAGGCUGCGCUGAAUGGUGGUGUGAAUGUUUUGGAUAUGCUAAUCAAAGAAUUCAACAGCAGUUGUCAAGUCCGAGAUGACGAUGGUUAUACUCUCCUUCAUCAUGCAUGCGAUGGUGGUCAUAUAGAACUGAUAGACAAAUUAGUGCUUGAAUAUGGCCUCAAUCCCGCAGAUAAAGAUAAUGAUGGUAACACACCUCUACAUAUUGCAGCCUCCAUUAAAGGACGUGUUGAAACAGUGAGACACCUGAUUAGCAAGCACAGUGCUGAUGUUGAUUGCACUAAUAAUCAGAACAGUACUCCAUUGAUGGGAGCUGCGCUGAAUGGUUGUGUGCAUGUUUUGGAUAUGCUAAUCAAAGAAUUCAACAGCAGUUGUCAUGUCCGAGGUUACAAUGGUUAUACUCUCCUUCACUAUGCAUGCGAUGGUGGUCAUAUAGAAAUGAUAGACAAAUUAGUGCUUGAAUAUGGCCUCAAUCCCGCAGAUAAAGAUAAUAAUGGUAACACACCUCUACAUGUUGCAGCCAUUAAAGGACAUGUUGAAACAGUAAGACUUUUGAUUACUCAACACAAAAUUGAUAUAAUCACUAAUAAUGUUUACUCUACCCCAUUGUGUUUAGCAGCUGAAGGUGGUCAUGAGAUCGCGAUUCAUGCCUUUAUUAAAGAGUUUAAAUGCAACCCACAUAACAGAGGCUACAAUGGUCAAACUCUCCUUCACUAUGCUUGCCAAAAUGGUCACGUAGAACUAUUGAAUAAAUUGGUAGUCGAGUAUAAGGUAGAUCCAUCAAUUAGAGACAACGAUGGGAACACACCACUGCAUAUUUUGUGUCGUACUCCGCAUACUGAAGAAGGGAAGCUGAGAACAAUGCUUUGCAAGUACCAGUACUGGACAGUGUUUCAAGUUAAUAAUAAUGGCAACACUCCUCUUCACACAGCAACUCUCUACGAACAAGCUCAUUGUGCACGCUUACUAUUGCAGAAGUACAAUGCUCCACUUUUUGUGCGAAACAAAGAUGGGAAGACUGCCCUUGAUCUAGCUAAAACUCAGAGAAGCCAUGAAAUUGUUAAAAUUUUCAAAAAUCAUAAUUCUGAAAUGCAGUCUAUCUACCGGCAGCUAGAUAAACUUGCUAAACAAGAGUUUGGUGGUGAAAAAAACCUCACCAGAAUAUUUAUUGUAGGUCAUCCAGGUGCUGGGAAAUCCACGCUUGUUGAAACUAUCAAAACAGAAGGUUUUAUUAGCUACUUCAGCACAUUAACUGUUUCCCCUCACACUCCAGGCAUUAUUCCAAGUACUUAUGACAGUAGUGCUUAUGGAAGAAUAAUAAUCUAUGAUUUUGCUGGUGAUUCCGAGUACUACUCCUCACAUGCUGCAAUUAUGGAGUCAAUCAACACAUCAAAAGGAAGUAAUAUAUAUUUGAUAGUUUGUGAUUUGAGUAAAGGCGAAGAAGCUGCUGUCACUAAAUACAGCUACUGGCUUUCAUUUCUAUCGUACAAUAUUAAGCAAUUCUCAAACACGAUUAUCCUACCAGUGGGAAGCCACGCUGAUGUAAUCAACAAAACGUCAGUUGAACAAGUGUUACGUGUUCUUGACAGCGUAUCCCAAAAGUUCUGUAGCAGCUCCAAGAUUGAUGAUUUUCAAAUUGAACAAAGUGUUUCUCUUGAUUGUCGUAAACGAGGGGCUGUAGUAAAUUACAUAAAGGAACUCACUAAGAAAUUCUCCAAUUUAGUAUCCCUUUCCCCAGAGACAAGCACACUCUUGGGAUUGUUGAAGAAAGACUUUGAACAUGUUCCAGCUUGCAAAGUAAGCCUCCUUAUCUCUCACAUAGAAGAGACUGGAAUUCCACUGCCACUAAAUUCUUCAUUGCUAUACCUUCUCAUAAGAGAGUUACAUGAUUUGGGUCUGCUAAUGGUGAUAGAGAGAGAAGGGGACUCCAUUGAGAACCAUAUAAUAAUUCUCAAGAUAUCAACAUUCACAUCAGAUGUACACAAAAAACUCUUUUCAGAGUCUGCUAAAGCUGACCUCACCAAGCAUAUCGAUCAACUCAAGCUCAGCGUAGGCAUUAUUCCAGAAUCACUACUGGAAAGAGUACUACCAGAGUACAUCACAAAAGAAAGUCUACUUAAGUUGCAGUACUGUCAAGAAAUUGAGAAUUUGUACGUGGAAGAGGACCACAGUCUUUUUCAACUCACUUCUGGGCCAGUACCAACAGAAAAUGCCACUAAAGAGAACUCUCAUUUAUUUUUCCCUGCUUUAUGUGAUCUCAAGCUCGAGGAAAUUCAAUGGCCUAAAUCCGAAGGUGAUAAGAUUACUUUGGGAUGGUAUGCUAAAUGUGAUUGUAACAGCUUUGACUUCUUCCCAACACGAUUUCUUCAUGUGCUUAUCGUUCAUCUCUCCCACAACUUUGCAUUAAAACAAAGCUUGCCUACAAGCCACCAGAUCUCUAUAGUAACUACAGAUUCUUCUGCUGACAAUAGUUCUUUGAUUGCAAAGGUGUAUGCUGCCAAUCCUCGCUGUCAUGUCUGGUCGACUGGUCUCCAUUGGCUUAUGAAGAACGGAGUGGAAGUAUUUGUCGAUAUGCCUAAAGAUGCAGAUAGUAAAGAUCUGAUUGUACUAGCAAGAAGUGACAUUGAAGAUAAAAUCGAAUGUUUCAACACUCUGCAACUAGUUAUUCAGAAGGUAGUCAAAGCCAAAGUUGAAUUCUGUGCUAGUAUAAUGCCUACUGUUUACCUUCUUGAUUCGAGCAAUCUCAAGGAUGAACUUUUUACAAAUGCUAGAAAUGCACCGAAAUAUGCUCUAAUAGAUAUUGAAGAAGCACUUGUAGAAGGCACUAAGCGAGUCAUGGAUAAAGAAGGACGAUGCUUCUCCACUCCUAUCAAAGAAUGGAUCAGCCCAACAAGAUGGGCCAUAUCUUACUGGAAUUUAUUUUUUCCAAUGGAUACCUUCUUGGUUCAUUCUGCUUUGCAAGAAGUAAAGGAUGCUCAAUGGAAACUGCUAGGAAUGAGUCUUCCCCCAAUCCCCUGGAACAAAUUAGAUGACAUUGACAAAAAUGAAUCAUCAUUCUCUGGUGACAUUGCUAAGAAAGAAGAAGUAAUUCGACUGUGGAUGUCUCAAGAACCCACCUGGAUAGUGUUGGUAGACGCUCUCAGUCAAUCUGCAUAUGGAUGGUCACAGAAUUCUAGUCAAAUCUCACGAGAGCAUAAUGUGCCUCUACAAAGGAACAUUCUUGAAAACGAUUCAUCUCUUCGUCCUGAUGAAGAGUUUCUCCAAUCAUUUGCUGCCAUCAUUGGCUCUCGUUGGCAGUGUCUUGCUUUUCCCCUCUCCCUCACUUCUGAAGACAUUGUGAGCAUCAAGAGAGAGACAAGAGGAGCAGAGCCGACCAGACAAGCACUCGUCAUGCUACAGAAGUGGGCAGCCAGGGAGACGGCAACUUAUGGUCAGUUGAGAGAGAGACUCCGUACACUCUCAGUGUUUCAUAUCUGAGAAAAGUAUUAUGUAGAUAAUUAUAGCUGUUUACGAUAAUGUAUCACCUUGUUUGUGUCAAUGAUUUUUCAGAACUCAACAAUUCACAAAUAAUUACUUCUGCACUUUUAUUUUUACACUUUCCAGUAUAUAUAACUUAAAAAAAAGCACAUAAUUUUGUUAGCCUUUACUAAUUUCUUAAUAUUGUCAAUUCUUAUAAUGCUUCCCGAAGUAAUUUUUGUACUGCAGCUAGAGCUUCAACUAGUGUUGUACAAAACUCCUGUAACAGCUCCAAGAUUGAUGAUUUAUAAAGCGUUGCUUUUGAUGUCGUAAACGAGAAGCUGUAAAUGACUUAUCGUCCUCUGUCGGAUUUUCCCCAGAGACAAGCUCUCCUCUGGGAUUGUGAAAAAUACUUUGACUGCAUUAAAGCUUGCAAAGUAUAUAAGCCUCCUUAUCUCUCACAUAUGAAAUUCCGCUCACACCCUAAGAGAGUUACUCGCAUCAGAUGUACCUAUAAUCAUAUAUUGUCAAAGUCUGCUAAAGCGGAUGUCACCAAUUACAUCGAUCAACUCAAGCUCAGCGUAGUCAUAAAUUAUUACAAAAUCGUUGCUGCAUGGAAAAAAGUACUACCAGAGUAUACCACAAGCUGCAGUACUGCCACGAAAUUGAGAAUGUGUACGUGGAAGAGUACCACAGUCUCAACUCACUUCAGAACCAGUACCAACUGCAUGAGAGUGCCACUAAAGAUAAAUCUCGUCUGCUUUUUUUUUUCUCUCUGGGUGGCAGGUAACAAGAUUACCCAGGAUUUUAUGCUAAAUGUGAUGUUGGCAGAUUUGACUAUUUAGAUCCUAACGAGUUUUUCAUCUCAUUUCUCUCACAGCUUUUCAUGAAAACUAAAGCUUGCUAACAAUUGCAAGCGGAUGCUCUCUAUAAUAACUUCUCAAUUUCUGAUUCUUCUACUGCUAAUAUUUCUUUGAUUCCAGAGAUCCAAUUAUGCUGCCAAUCCUCACUGUCAUGAUAUGUCUGGUCGACUGGUUUACAUUGGCUUAUGAAGAAUGGAGUGGUGGUAUUUGUCGAUAUGCCUAAAGACGCUGAUAGGAAAGAACUGAUAGUGAAAAGUGGCAACAAAAUAUAUGCGCUCUGCAUCUAGUUUCAGAAUGUUGUGGAAACAAACUCCUUCUUGAUCCGAGCAAUCUCAAGGAUGAAACUUUUACGAAUGCUAGAAAUGCACAUAAAAUAAUAUGCUCUAAGAGUAUUGAUGCAUGAAGCAUUAGCAGAAAGAACUAAGCGAUUCAUAAAGAAGGACAUUACUUCUCUAUUCUGAUAAGGGACAAUGCUUCUCUACAUCUGAUGAAGAUUGGGUCAUCCCAAAAGAUGGACUACAUCUACUGGAGUACUGAAAAUGCCCCACUUCAAUCAAAGAUUUGAUCAGCUCAGGGAUGAAUACCCAUGCAUUGGAAUAACUAUUUAAAAUGAAACAUCAUGAUAUUGCCAAAUAGUAUAAUUCGACUGGAAAGUCUCAAGAACCCACCUGGAAAAUAUUAGUAGAGGUUCUCGCAGUCAACCCACAGGAUUGUCAACAAAACAAGUCAAAUCUCACACGAGCACAACGUGCUUCUACACAGGAAAAGCAUUAUUGAAAGCAAUCAUCUGCAUGUCCGUCCUGACAAUUCCAAUCAUUUUCUGCCAUCAUUGGCUCUUGAUGGCAGUGUCUUACUUCUCCCUUCUCCCUCACUUCUGAAGACAUUGUGAGCAUCAAAAGAGAGAGGAGAGACAAGAGGAGCAGAGCUGACCAGACAAGCACUCGUCAUGCUGCAUGGUCAUGCACUUUUCAUGUUCCAUAUCUGUACCACAUUAUGUUAGAUUUAGCUGCACGCAUUCAAUUGCACUUACAUACUGUAGAUAUAGCUGUUCAAUCCAACACAUGUUUGUGUCGCUGAACUUUCAGAACUCAUGCCUUGCCACUUAAGCAAAAAUUACUUUUACACUUCCAAUCGUUACUUUUUCUACUGUGUAUAUGCAACAUCUUACGUCCUUCAAAAUUAGCAUAUUUUUGUUACUACUGUACAGUUAUUCUAAUGUUGUCAACUCUGACCUGAAUGAAAUGAAUUUUUGCACUUAGUUC